GUAACUCAGUCGCUCUGGCACAAGAAAUGACCAAGUAUCAGGAUCCCUAAUGGUGUGCAAUUUCCUCCCGCAGGAAGAGUGCUGUGUGAGAUAAGCUUUUUCUAUCUUCUCACAGUGUCCUGCGGAGAAUGAUCACACCCCUGCAGUCUGAUGUACACAGACUUGAUUUCAUGAUUUGCUUACAUAUAUGAAUACUCCUUGUUUAAGUAGUCUGUGCAGAUAAGAAGACGAGAAGAGCCGUUUCAAAAUGUGGUGCAGAAGAAAAACACUUCUUUCUGUUGUGAUUUUCACAGCUCUCUGCUACAAAGUGACUGCAGUAAAAAUGCUGACCAUCGCCCCAGAAGCAGUAGACGACCUGUACAAGGGAUGCAACACAAAGGCCUUGGAGAUGGUUCAGUCAGGCCUGUUACGACAAGAGCUAAACAGCAGUGAGGGACUCCAGUCAGAGUGGGGCAAGAAGAAAUGUUCAAAACAGAUCCCUGGAGGAGUACAGGAGCAUACUGAUGCACUUUUGGUGUUUCAAAACGGAGGCAAACACAUAGAAGACUUUAACAAUGCAGUGGAAACAAUGGGAGGAAAUGUUAGCACCUAUGAAAACUAUUUCCAAUUCAAGUCUCUUCACUUCCUGCUCACGGACUCCAUGAGGUUGCAGAAUCCAGAGGAGUGUAAAGAAAUGGGUUUUAUCUCGGACGAUAAAUACGAAGCAAAAAUUGACUCAAAGGUGAGAUUUGGAAGAUUCAUCUUAGCUGAUACAGACACAUCACUGCUUACAGAACCUGACGAGGGAACUUUAUUCAGAUUUACCACUUGCUUCUUUGUCAACCUGGAAGGCUUUUGCAACGUGGAUGAAGAUCAUGCUGUCAUAUCUCCAAGUGAAGAGUUCACAGUGGUAGAUACAAAAGAACAUGAUGAAUACAAUGAGAUCAUUUUGAAACACUCAAGAAUGGCCAGCUCACACAACUGUUACAUGUUCUCACGCUCACCAGCCGACGUCUCCACUAAAUGGCUUGUGUUGGUGCUUGUGGUGUUCUCUCUUUAUUUCUUUAACUGCUGAGCAUCACCACUCAUUGUCUUAGAAUGCUCUGGGAGUUAUCACAACACCACACACUCCUUAGUACGGCUGCAAAAUGAACAAGAUGCCUUGCUGUGAUACUUUUCCCACUGCUGUGUUAUUAUAGUCUGAUGCAUAAAUAUAGUCCUAUCACUGUUUUUACCUUCAUCACAUUUUCUGAAUUUUAGACUGAGGGUGUUUUUUGUCUUUAUGUAUAUCUACAGUAUAUUUUACAUUCUCUAUCAUGUUGAGACUAUCUCUCUACUAUACACUGCAUGCACUGUAAACAUGUAGGAAUUUACUCAAAUCAACUCAAAUUUUGUUAUUUACUUAAAUAUGUAAGUUUUAUAUCAGCUAAAAAUGUUUUGUCUACAUUUUCAGACCAUUUUUGAACUUAUAAACUUAAGCUCACUUGACCUGAAGUAUUUUGACCUCAAAUGAUAAGUUUAAAAACACACAGCUGAGAGUCCUCUCAACUUGUUAAGUUUUUAAAGAAACAUGAUCAGCAUAUUAGCAGAUGUUCCAGCAUAAAUUGUUUGAGAGUUAAAAACUGUCUAGAGAACUUUUGGAUUUAGUUUAAAGAAAGUAUACAUGAUGGAAACCUGCUCGGUGCCUUUAAUACACGCUGAGAUAAGUCAUGGUAGUUUUUUAAAAAUGAAAACAAUGCAAACAUGAUGGACAACAAGAGCUUUAAGUAGUUUGUGUUGAAUGAAAAACUGACUCUUCAAACUGACAAUAUUUAAAGAGAGCACAGAGUGACAUUUCAUCAAUGUGACUCAACAAUUGUUGAUUCAACUUAAUACCUGCAAUUUAUUC